CAAAGUAGGUAGGUACAUUGUAAUAUUACACACGCCGCUGUCGAGGCCAGUCAGAAUUAGCCGCGCGUUACUAUGAACGUAUUGUACUCGUGUGCGCUGCUCGUGGCGAGCUGCGCUGCCGUUCCCUUGCAAGUGGAAGAUUGGACCUUUCAAAUGAAUCCUAUCCAGAACUUCUCGGAGAAUAUGAAGGCCUUCUUCGAGGUGCAGAAGGAUCGCGUCGAGCAAGCGUUCAGCGCGAGCUACGAGGAGGCGAUGCGGAUGAAGGACUCGGUGACCAACUAUCUCGACGACAAGGGGAAGGAAAUCAGCUCUGACAUCAACGCCUACGUCGAGAAUGUUAAACAAAGCGGACGGAAGAUGACCGACAAGUGGUCCUACCUUCACGCGGAAGAGCCCGGCGCGCGCCUCGACAACCCGGACAUGAGCCUGUCGGUGCCUUCCAUCAUCACGAGGCACGGCUACGCGUGCGAGACGCACACCGUCGUGUCUCAAGACUACAUGUUGAACAUUCACAGGAUUCCCCGCGCCAAAAACGGCGAGGAGACUCCGCGGAACACAGUGAUCCUCCAGCACGGCCUGUUCGCCAGCUCCGCCGACUGGAUACUGAACGGGCCGGACAAAGCGCUCGCGUACGCGCUGGCCGACGCGGGCUACGACGUCUGGAUGCCCAACAUCCGAGGGAACAGGUACUCGAAAGAGCACGCCUUCCUAAAAAGCGAUUCCAAAUCGUUCUGGAACUUCUCGUGGCACGACGUGGCGCUGCACGACCUGCCGGCCGUCAUCGAUCACAUCGCGAAGCUGAAAGGCGAGGCGGCCAAAAUAACUUACAUAGGCCACUCGAUGGGCACCACCGUCCUGUUCGCGAUGCUGGCGCUGAGACCCGAGUACAACGAGAGGCUCGCCGCGGGGUUCGCGUUGGCGCCGGUGACCUUCCUGUCGGACAUACGCUCGCCCGUCAAAGCCCUGGCGCCGAUAGCCAGCAACGUCGCCUACAUGGAGAUGCUGUACGGGUCGCACGAGUUCAUCCCCAAACAUUCCGUCCUCGGGAAGAUGACGAACUCCUGCGACGUCGACAACGUGGACUCCCUAGUUUGCAAGAACGUGAUAUUUUACAUCUGCGGGUACAACGAGAAGCAGUUCAACAAGACUCUGCUGCCGGUGUUCUUGUCCAACUUGGGCACGGGCACGUCGUGGAAGACGGCGGUUCACUUCGCGCAGGAGAUCCUGGCCGGGGAGAGGUUCCAGCAGUUCGACUACGGGAAAAGCGAUAACCUGAAAGUGUACGGAACGGAACAGCCUCCCGAGUACGACCUCGGUAAAAUAACCCUCCCUAUCAAGUUGUUCUGGGCCGAAAACGACCUGCUCUCCAGUGAGAAAGACGUGCGGCUGCUGUUCCAGAAGUUGCCCUCCACGACGGAGCUGUACAAGGUCCCCGACCCGGAGUUCAACCACUUGGACUACCUGUGGGCCAUCGACGCUCCGACGUUAGUAAACAAAGAAGUAUUAAGGUCUUUAGAUAAGGUAUACUCAUCCGAAUCAGUCAAUUUCUCGUGGAGCUGGAAAUUAUAAAAAUGUU